GCGCUACUAACUGGAGGGCCACCGUCAGUCGGUUCAUGUUCAUGCACAGUGGCACACGACGUCCCAUCCUGCGUGCACACCACCCGAAAGAGCGCGUAACUGUUCGCAAGCCGUCGGCAAAGGCCACAACGCGCGCACAAGAUGAGCCUCGUAGUCGGCGACCUUGACAAUGAUGGCGAGGGAGAACGCAUUCUCAUCGAGCCUUAUCACUCUUCGUCACUGCUGAACUCUGAGACUGCGCUGCUGUUUGUCUCUGUGGCCAUCCUGGCUGCGGUGACGGCUUGCUGCUGGUGCGGCUUCUACGCUGCCUCAAAACGCAAGCGACUCUACGCCUGCCUUCACCAGUUGCACGCGCCAACCGAAGCUUCGGCUGAUGGCGAGGUCCAGGCGCCACCGCCGCGGCCGUCGUCCGCCCACAGCCAAGUCUACGCGCACUACCUCCAGCCGCACCUGAACGCUGGCGCAGCACCUCCUCUACCGCCACCCCAGUUGCACACAUCCUUGGAAAUGCCCUGUCAUGUCCCAGGCUUCAAGCAUAUCCACGAUGCCUACGCCUCGUAAUACAAGCUGUAAUGCUUGCUCUCGUGCUAUGUGCCAACGACCGAACAACUUUCGGCUUGCUUUUAUUGUCAUUCGUCUUUUUUGUUUGUCUUUACAACUGCGGCGAGUUUUUAAUGCGUGGACCAAUCAGUCAAUAAAUAUAAGGUUCCGGCUGUUCAUUAAAGAAAAAUUUGUUCGCAAGAAAUGAGCAUUAUGUAAACGUGGCAGCGCAAACAAACUGGACACAGAAGGAGAGGGACACAAUCAAGCGCAAAUGAAUUUAUACCAACUAGACCGCCUAUCAACCCUUCAGCAAUAAAU